AUGAGUGACGCCGUUGCGCCGGGAGCCCCCAGGAGGCACGAGCAUUAUGACCCACGGGCGGAGUUGGGGCUGCUUCAAGAAAAAGUGGAGGAGGCCCUCAUGGAGGCACGGCAGUCUACCAAUUUUUGCCGAAUGAUUCAACACGACAUAGGCAAAUUUGUCCGCUCAGAGCAGCUGGCGCGCGGGUGGUGUGCGGACGCCGUCGGGGGUGGGAAGAUUCAUCCGCAACUCUUGGCUUCCGUCGAUGGCCACCUAUCCGAGUUCGAGGGCUUCAUCAUCGCAAGGGUUCGGGAGGAGCUUGAGAGGAAGAUAGCGAAGGAGUUUGCAGCGCGGUUGGACUCCUGCAGCCAGCAAAUUGACCGGCUCUAUCAAGAGCAAAGGGAGCAGGAGGGGAAGCUGCGGUUCCUUGUGAUGGAGGCCGCGCUGAAGAUUUCCGAGGUCCGCAAGGAGGUGAAAGGGUAUGUGUCCAAGAUGUGGGGCCAUGUGAUGCUCAUUGAGGAAAAACUGAGAUUGGUGCCCGCAGCCUCCUGCACCAAGCCCGAGGGAGCAACAGUGCCGGAGGAUGAGUUGGCCACCGCGCUGCGUGAGGCAAUGACAGUUUUGACUCUCCUCUCUGAGGGUUUGGAGACGGAGCGCAAGAUGAACUGGGAGGAAAAUCAACGCUGGAUGCUGUUUAUGGGACGCGCUGCUGAGAAACUUCGCCAGCUUGGAGAACGUGAUGAGGUGCUUGCAACGAAUUGUCAGGAGAUAUGGCGGGUGACAAAGGAAAAUCGACGGCGCUGCAAGGAAGCUAUGGCGUGUGUGGUGGAUCUUGGCCGCAGGCUAGGCCCGUUAAGUUCUGCCUCCACUGCUGCUGUUGCGACCCUUGCCCGUGAGGGCCCUCAGGCCGUGCGCUCGAAGGCAGAGAUUGUUGACCAAAAACAGUUGCGCGACUUCACGAAGGAACUUCAUGAAAUUGGCGCGGCUCUGCGUGCACUGCAAGUGGAUCAUGCUCGCUUUAAGAAGAUUGUAGGGGAAAACAUGGUCAUUGUGACACAGCUCCAGCAAAACGGGACGGAGACUGUGGCUGCUACAAACAGCCGUGAUACAAGUCUUGAAUUCGUAAACCGAAAGCAAGAAUCAUGUGGCCCCAAUUAUGUGUUUCGGUUUCCUUUCCGAGAGGAAAAUGAGUCUGAAGAAAAUCUUUUUAUUGGUAGAAACGAUAUAUCUCUAGCAAAAAGGUGGCAGGCCUCAUAUUUAACGAAGGCGCGUCUAUUGCAUGGAAGGACGUGCAACGCGCUUCGUCGACGCGUGUUUCAGUCAUGGCUUGCCUGGAGACGUGGACGCCGCCAAGCUGCAACGGGCCGCGACCAAGUCGCACAAACUCCAAGAAGCCUUGAACAUGCGGUCUGA